UCAUUUUUUCCCGAGCUCGGCUUUUGGGUGGGUUUUCCGUCACGAUUUGUUUUUCAUUCCGGUCCUAUAGCUUGUUUUUCAAGUCUCUGGAGAGGAUCAUGCUGUUCAUGACGAUCGAUGCUUCAUGGUUCUACUUAGACGGUUACACAUGUGCUGUGAACAAGAGAGGGAUAUAGAAGGGGCUUUUAUGAAAAGUAGAGAAAAAAGAGGAUGCAUCUUUGGGACAGAUUCCCGACCGAUGGUGCAGACGAGGAGAAAUGGUCGGAUUGGGCCAAUUACCAUAUUUUACGAGAACAAGAAAAACAUUUUGCAAACUUCAUUCUCAAUUUUCACUCUCCAUUUCUGGAGACAGGCACUCGACGGAUCCCCCUUCACUUUUGCGGCUUUGAUCUAAUGAUUGGGGUAGCAGGAGCCAUGCUGGAGUUUAAUGGCACCGUCAUUUGGUUAGCCAUGACAUUGUCGUACUUUCCGAGGACUUCACCCCUCGAUGGAGGUCCUUGGUAGCUUUGACCAAAACAAGAGCUUUCUACGUCCAACAACGAGUUGCAAUUUGAUGGGGCCACCAAAACCUCCACAUGAACUAAC